CAAUUACACAACCGGUUUACAAUGAGAAAAGUAUAUGGACCUUUUCUGUUUUUGGUUUUUAUAUCUUUGGAUUACGGCCGAGCCUUAGAACACGAUCAUCACCCUCACGAAUCUGCUGAAGCACCAUCGCUAGAAGAUGAAACAUAUGAUCGAAUCUUAAAACAUGAUCCUGAAGACCAUCUCGAACAUCAUCACUCCCAGGAACAUGCUGAACUACCCUCACUAAAACACGAAACUAAUGGUCGAGCUUUAGAAUAUGAUCCUAAUGUCGAUCUUGAAGAACACCAUUCUCAGGAAUCUGUUAAACCACCAUCGCUCAAUUAUGAAACGUAUGGUGAGGCCUUAGAACCGGAUCUAAAUGACGAUGAGGAUUACCAUCACUAUCAGGAACCUGCUGAACCAAAAUUUCCACAUUAUGAAACCACUUAUGAUAAAUUCUUUUCGGAACAAUUACCACGUCUAAAGGAAUUGACUAGUCUACAACAUCAUCUUCCGUAUGAAAUCGACAGUAACCAUUUAACUGACAAUAAAGGUUAUGAUAAUAACGAGAACCUUAUAAUGCAUUAUGAUGAAUUUGGUCCUCUUUGGAUGAUCAAACUUUUUGAUAUGGACGAUGAUGAUCGCAAUCUCGAUAAUGAUUGUAGUAUGUAUUAUAACACUAAGCUUAAUAACAGGUGUUUUAUCAAACCAGGAGCCAUCUUUUCUGAAGGUAAAUAA